AUUCAUUUAACCGGAUGAGCUCAGACACAUCGCCUGCCUGUUUCCACUCGUCGGUCUUUUCAGCGGCGCUUUUGAUUGGCUGACAGUAUUAUUGUAUGCAAAUCCGGUCGGGGUUGCAGCCAGUAGGUGAAAGGCUCGCGCUAGUGUGGCACUGGAGGCGCGAGGCGAAGCAGCUUUUUGCAGAGCUGUCCACUCCAGCGGAGGUGCUGAAAGCAGGAUUUUCACGCCACGCGUUGAGAAAGGAAUACGCAAACUGGACUGAUAACUUCCUCAAAGGAUUGUCACUCCGAAUACGGCGUAUAACCAAAACGACAUUGGAUUAACUUACACACGUUGUUGUUUUGAAAGUAAUACUGUUAUUCUUCAACCUUACCCGGGAAUACCUUUCUGGACGACUUGUAGUUGGAUACAAAGAAGGGCACUCAUGAGAGGCUUCAGAGGAUGGUGGGCAGCGCUCCUGCUCUGGGGGGCAGUUUUGAUCGCAGAGGCUCGUCCCGGCAAAGAAGGAUUAACCCCAUUGGCCUAUCGACCUCUCGUCAGAUUUCGCCACAAGCAGGACGGGAUCUCAGAGAAUUUACGGAUUAAAGGGUUCUUGGGUCAGGGUGGCUUCUCCGGGCCCUGUGAACAUAAGUACUGCGGCUUGGGAAAGCACUGUGUGGUUGACAGAGAAACCGGUGAAGGAGAAUGUCAGUGUUUGGAUCGCUGCAAACCACAUUACAAACCCGUGUGCGGGUCCGAUGGCAAACUCUACCAGAACCAUUGUGAGCUUCACAGAGCCUCCUGCACGGCCCAUCAGCGAAUUACCAUCAUGCACAGCGAGGAAUGCUUCUACAAAGAUGAUAACUGUCGUCUGGGUGAUUAUAAAAAAUUGAAGAACAAGAUAUUGGACUUGCACGCUCAGAGAUACUCAAGCCCUGGUAACCAUGGAAGCUACGAGACAGACAUGUCGACUAAGAAGCGUCUGGUGGACAUGAUGUUCAAACGCUUCGACGCAGAUGGUAAUGGACGCGUUGACAGCAGUGAGCUUUCACAGGUGAUCAAGCAGGAAGGUCUGAGCAGGACAACAUCAGAGUGCACGCUGUUCGACCUGUUCAAAUACAAUGACGCCAAUGAUGAUGAGCACCUCACUAAAGAUGAGUUCUACACGGCCUUCGAGGUCUAUCAGCUCAGCCUCCCUGAUGACCAGAAGCUGAGCGUUACCACGGUAACGGUGGGUCAAAGCGCCGUGCUCACGUGUGCCAUCACGGGUGACCAGCGGCCACCGAUCGUCUGGAGACGAAAUAACCACGCCCUCAACAUGAUGGAGCUAGAAGAUAUUAAUGAUUUUGGAGAUGAUGGGUCACUAUACAUCACUAAGAUUACCACCACACACAUUGGCAACUACACCUGCCACGCAGAUGGAUACGAACAGCUUUUCCAGACGCACACCCUGCAGGUUAAUGUGCCCCCUGUUAUCCGGGUGUACCCUGAGAGCCAGGCACGUGAGCCAGGGGUCACAGCCAGUCUGCGGUGCUACGCUGAGGGCAUCCCUGACCCACAGCUCUCAUGGCUGAAGAACGGAAUGGACAUCACCACAAAACUCUCUAAACAACUCACGCUUCAAGCUAAUGGAAGUGAGGUCCACAUCAGCAACGUUCACUUUGAGGACACGGGCGCGUACACCUGCAUCGCCCGGAACGAGGCGGGCGUAGACGAGGACAUCUCUUCUCUUUUUGUGGAGGAUUCUGCUCGCAAAACACUGGCAAACAUACUUUGGAGAGAAGAAGGUCUGGGGAUCGGAAACAUGUUUUAUGUGUUUUAUGAGGACGGCAUUAAAGUCAUCCAGCCGGUGGCAUGUGAGAUUCAGAGACACAUCAAACCCAGUGAGAAGCUUCUUGGCCUGCAGGAGGAGGUCUGUCCACAAGUGGAGGGGGAGAAAGAUCAGAAGUGUAUGUGGACAUCAGCAGUCAAUGUGAAGGACAAAUUCAUUUACGCCACUCAGCCUCUACUGAACAGGUUGCUCAUUGUAGACAUCCAAUCCCAGAAGGCUGUUCAGACUGUGAGCACAGACCGGGUUCCAGUAAAGCUGCACUAUGAUAAGUCACAUGACCAGGUUUGGAUUCUGAGCUGGGGAGAUCUCGAGAAAAACUUUCCAACUCUCCAGGUGAUCAGCCAGGCGAGUGGGAGCACAUCUCACCACACCAUCCACACUCAACCAGUCGGCCAUCGCUUUGACAGGGUGGAGGAUUUCUUCAUCCCUCCCAUAAGUCUCACCAUUAAUCACAUCAGGUUUGGUAUUAUUCUCCACAAGAACGAAGCGGCUCUUCACAAAAUCGACCUGGAAACCACCUCCUACGUGAAGAAUAUUAGUCUGAAGGAGUAUGAUUGCAUCCCACAAUCCCUCGCCUACACGCAUCUAGGUGGAUACUACUUUGUCAACUGUCAUCCGGACUCGACAGGUGCGGUACAGCCGCAAUUAAUCAUCGAUAGCGUUACGGACAACGUCAUCGGCCCCAAUAGGGAUGUGAGCGGGACACCUUAUGUGUCUCCGGAUGGCCACUAUCUGGUAAGCGUGGAUGACCGCAACGGGCUAAUGCGUUUACAGCACAUGUCGGUGAGGGGGGAAAUCGGACAACCUUUUGACAUUCACACCAACCUACACCUAUCUGAUCUCGCCUUCAUGCCCUCUUUCACCGAGGCUAACCAGUACAAUGUGUUCGGCAGCUCCGGACAGCAGACGGAUGCUCUUUUCGUGGAGCUCAGCACCGGUAAUGUGAAAAUGAUUAAGAGUCUAAAGCAACCCACACCGUCAGCGCAAUGGCCCUGGACCCGAAAGAACAGGGUCAUGACCGGAAGCGGCCUGUUCGGACAGUAUCUCAUGACCCCUUCCCAAAGCUCCCUGUUUAUACUGGAUGGGCGCCUGGAUAAGCUCAACUGCGAGAUCACUGACGUUCCGUUGGGAAACACCGUGGUGUGGGUGGGAGAGGCGUAAGUCAUCUUACGGGGAUUGAGAGGAAAACAAAAAGGUUACAGUUGCACUGAAUUUGGUCUCUGUUUAAUUUCUCGAGAACAAAAUCUCACUGUUCGAAGCAAAUAACAAAAUUGACUGCAUUGGAAAAGAGAUCUUCAUAUAUAAACGGUAUGGUAAACAAUUGUUUUGUGUAAGCUAGCCAGGUUUUAAAAUCUAAUAGCUGUUAAAUGGAUUCUACAAAACUAUUGGAUGGUUUCAAACUAGCACUGGUAUCUUUUAUUAAGAAACUUUGCAAGAAUCACUUUUUUGAAGGUGAGCAUAGUUAAACGGGUGAAUCGAUUUAAAUGAUAAUAACAGGGCUCAUAAAAACAGCCAAAACAAGGUGAUCAUUUUCAGAAUGUCUUUUAAAAUACGCAAAAUGCAUUCGGCCCACUCUUUUCCAGUGCCUUGAAGGAAUACUUACUAAAAAAGAAAAGUAAUUAUUUCCCCCGAGCCCGCGGAUUAAAUCCUCCCUGGCUUUUCCACAUGCAGAAUGAAAUCGAAAUUGCCACACUUAAAUUUCACCUGUUUAUAACUCCUAUGGACCCCAAGGCAUAUCCGGCUUAUUAUAAAAGCAUCAUGCUGAAAACCCUUUGCCCACUGUGGAGAUUGAGAUGUCAGUAAUUAUGUGUUUGAUAACUGUGUAAAUCCUUUUGAAAAGUUUGGCAAGUGACAAAUGAGCGACCCAUCAAAAUAAGU